AUGUCUGGUCGCAGCAAGGGCGGAAAGGGGCUGGGCAAGGGAGGUGCUAAGAGGCACCGCAAGGUCUUGCGAGACAACAUCCAGGGCAUUACGAAGCCAGCGAUCCGCCGCUUGGCUCGCCACGGCAGGGUGAAGCACAUCUCGGGGUUGAUCUAUGAAGAGACCCGUGGGGUGCUGAAGGUUUUUCUGGAGAACGUGAUCCAUGAUGCGGUGACCUACACCGAGCACGCUAAGCGCAAGACAGUGACAGCCAUGGAUGUGGUGUACGACCUGAAACGCCAGGGGCGCACCCUGUACGGCUUCGGGGGCUGA